AUUCUCUUUCUCUCUCUUAAUUUGGGCCAAAACACACAAACACUCUUUUCUCUCACAUAGAAAACAUCAAACAAAUUAAAACCACAUCCUCGUUCAUUCAUCCUCCAUCCAAAACAUCAUCGUACCGUAACCUUAGACCUAAAUCAAAAACACACUUCAAACAGAACAACCCCAUUAUCGUUUCUUCAUCAUCUUUUCACAAAGAACCUAUUUUUAACGCUCCAUUUGAUAGCCAUCAUCAAUGGCUGACGUGUUUUUACAGAAGGUGAAAACAUCAUCAAACAGCAAAGACAAAGACAAGAAGGAAACAUCGACUCUCUUAUUGGGUCGUUUCGAAGUUGGAAAACUUCUUGGCCAUGGAACAUUUGCAAAGGUUUACUAUGCAAAAAACAUCAAAACCGAUGAAGGUGUUGCAAUCAAAGUGAUAGACAAAGAGAAGAUUCUUAAGGGUGGUUUGGUUGCUCAUAUCAAACGUGAGAUCUCAAUUCUUCGCCGUGUUCGACACCCGAAUAUUGUUCAAUUGUUUGAGGUAAUGGCUACAAAAACAAAGAUCUAUUUUGUUAUGGAAUAUGUUCGUGGGGGUGAGCUUUUUAACAAGGUUGCUAAGGGUAGGUUGAAAGAAGAGGUUGCUAGAAAGUAUUUUCAACAAUUGAUUUCUGCUGUUGGAUUUUGUCAUGCUAGAGGUGUUUAUCAUAGGGAUCUUAAGCCUGAAAAUUUGUUGCUUGAUGAGAAUGGUAAUUUGAAAGUGUCUGAUUUUGGUUUGAGUGCUGUUUCUGAUCAAAUUAGACAAGAUGGUUUGUUUCAUACUUUUUGUGGUACUCCUGCUUAUGUUGCACCUGAGGUUUUGGCUAGGAAAGGUUAUGAUGGUGCAAAGGUUGAUCUUUGGUCUUGUGGUGUUGUUUUGUUUGUUUUGAUGGCUGGUUAUUUACCUUUUCAUGAUCAAAAUGUUAUGGCAAUGUAUAAGAAGAUUUACAAGGGUGAGUUUCGGUGUCCCAGGUGGUUUUCACCGGACUUAUCAAAACUGCUUGUUCGUCUUCUUGAUACUAAGCCUGAAACUAGGAUUGCGAUACCUGAUAUUAUGGAGAAUAGGUGGUUUAAAAAAGGGUUCAAACAGAUUAAGUUUUAUGUUGAGGACGACAGGCUUUGUAAUGUCGAUGAUGGUUUUGGUGACAAUGAUGAUGAUACAGCUUCAAUAACAUCUGUAGCAUCGUUUUCUGAUUACGCAGUUUCAGAAUCUGAUUCUGAGAUUGAGACUAGAAGGAAAAAUGCUCCUUUGCCUAGACCUGCUAGUUUGAAUGCUUUUGACAUUAUUUCAUUCUCACCUGGUUUUGAUCUUUCUGGUUUGUUUGAGGAAAAAGGAGAUGAAAAUAGGAUCGUGACUGCUGCACCGGUUUCAAAGAUCAUAUCAAAAUUGGAGGAGAUUGCUCAAUUGGUUAGUUUUACUGUGAGGAAGAAGGAUUGCAGGGUUAGCUUGGAAGGUACAAGGGAAGGUGUGAAGGGACCACUGACUAUUGCUGCUGAGAUAUUUGAGCUAACACCUUCUUUGGUUGUUGUUGAGGUGAAGAAAAAAGGUGGGGACAGAGCUGAAUAUGAGAGAUUUUGUAAUGAAGAAUUGAAACCUGGAUUGCAGAAUUUGACGAUGGAGGAAUCGGCACCAGCUUCAGAUUUGUCACUGGAAUCAGCAACUUCUUCAGCCUUGUCACUGCCUGAAGGGCCUUCCUUACUCCGCGUGCUUUCUGAACCAGUUCACAACUUUACUUCAGAUGUUGAAUCGCCGAUCUAUACACCUGAAGAGUAAGAUAGAGAAGAGAAAGAGGUUCUUUCUGUUUGUUUGUUCCUUAAUAGAUUGUGUAUGAUAAAAUUGAUGAUUGAUCAUUUUUCCCCCGGAUGGUCCCCCUUUUAGAUUUGCUCCCUGAAUCGAGCAUUAGAUUUUACAGUAUUUUCUAUGUCCAAUUGCUAUACAAAGAAGGCUAAUUGAAUUUUAGCUAAUGGUGGAUAUUUUUCUAUGUUUUUUAUUUUGGUGCAUUAUUCCGUACCUGUACAUUACUUUUGCUUCUUACAGGAAGUAGGGAGAAAAUACCAAAAAAAUUUAGUGCUAAUUCAUGAAGUACUACAAAUGUCUUUGGUUUUGGUACUAUAUGUUAAUUUGAGAAAUUUGAGAUUGAUGGA